AUGAGCUCAUCUCCUAAAAUAACAGGUUCAGAGGAAUCUGAUAACAUCAUGACCGAACACGUUAGCUUUUAUACACCUAUCGGGCACGCAGGACUUCCCUUACCGCACGAUUAUUUUCAUGGUGCUAGCUAUGAGAUUCCUAAAAGUGCAACGCCAGAAGCAUUUCCCAUGGACUACAACGUAUGCACAACGGACUCAGCAUCGAAAUUGCCCAUUGAGAUCAAAAUCCGGAUUUCCAAUUUACUGUCACAGUAUGAUCUGGUUAAUUUAGCAAGAACUUCGAAACAGUUUUGUGCCGUAGCCAUGCAAGCACUUUUCUCCAAGAUUGUGGUCGAUUCGAGACACUCAUAUCUACAGGGUGCACACCAAACCGUGAAAAAUCGCGUUACGUAUGUCAAGACCCGCUACAAUUUCGCAAGACUGAUGCGUCUGAUAUCCGAGAACGGUGAAAAUCUGGGGAGUUUAAUCAAGUGUUUUGAGAUAAUCAAUUUGCCAGAUGGCAUGAGCAAGUCCGAAAUUAGGACUCUGAUGUGCACAAGUUUACCAGUUAUGGGCAACCUUUGCAAGUUUUAUUGUGGAAGCGACACACUCUCACUACCGCCAAAAAUGCUACAAUUGAUGCCCAACAAGCGUGGCGUUGAGACUUUGGCGGUGAACGUAGACCUGCGUCACGGCUGCGAACCAAUCGACACGUUCGCAAAUGUGCAAAAGCUGUCUAUCAAUCCCUUCGUGGAUUCUGGCAGGCUUGCAGGGUUUUUGUCUAAAAUCUUGGUCCCCACUGUGGUCGAGAAUUUGACAACGCUUUGCGUGGCUCGUGAGUGUACCUCGGUGCUGAGCAGGCCCAGCAACGAAUCUUUGAUCGUGACAGGAUUCAUGCUGAACAACAACUUGGAACAGCCGGACUCGGCAGAGAGCGACGAGGUGGUCAAAUUCAACCAAAGAGAUUUGGGAUUCUGGCGAUUUUUGGACAGCGUGUCGAGUCGGGACGGAAAAUUCGAAAACUUGGGAAAUCUCGAGGUAUCGGGGGUUAGCGUAGUGCCUGAAGACUGCUUGCGAGUCGUCGACGGCAUUAACUUGGGCGCUAUUAAGUUGCUCGCUCUAAGUGAUGUACAGGAAGUGCAAGUAAUCCGCGAGGUGGAUUACGAAGUCACCGACUUUCGAAGCUUGGCUCUGGAACACAUGCAAUCCAGCUUUUUAGGAGGAUUAUCACCGUUCCUGCAGAAUCUGCGAAAGCUGCGAUUGGACUAUCGCGAACCAAUAAAAGAUUCCGUGCAUGAGUUUCUGCGCAGUUUGAAAGAAGACGCAGGCGUCUCUUUGCAGGAAUUAGAUCUGUCAAUCCACUGGGACGACAGCAAGCUGGCCCUUUGGCCAAGCUGGCAAGCUCUGGCCCAGAAGUACAUGACGUCGAUCCUGCUGCACGCGCAAACCUUACGGAAACUCUCGCUAGUUGCUUUCCACGACUACAAAUUUUACGAGCUGCCCAAACGAAUUCCGAGCGAGGUGCUCAUUCAGUUGCAGCAGUGCCGUGCUCUGAAAAGCCUGCGACUCCACGGCGAGUCCCUACACCCUGUAGGGGCAAAUCUAAUUGCGCAAUUCACCGGCUUGGAGACGCUGGAUCUUGUCGGAAAAGCGUCUGGAGGCCCGCAGCACAUGGCUCUGCAGGCAGUGCAUGCCGGAGUACUGGACCGCUGGUAUCGCGUGAUUCACGUGGCGAUAGCGCUGUCUAGAUCCAACCCGGCCCUCAAGCACGUCCGCAUCGACCGGUGUUUGUUCGAGUGUCUAUCCAAUGGGACCGUGGGUCCUCAAACUGACGACCAAGGAUUUGAUGCCAUCACCAGAGUACUCAUGUCGGUCCAAGACUGGGAAAAAGAGUAA